UAAAAGUAUUGCCAGUUAAAUAAAUCAAACCAAAAAGUCAAAAAUACACCAGAAAUUAGUUAAUUGUUUAAUUAUAUAUUGUUUUCCUGGCAUGGUAAUUAGUUGGUAAGCAGAUAAAUACUAAUUCAGACUUUGAAUAUACUGGCUUUAUGUUUGACAAUUUUCUUUUGUGAAUAUGUAAACAUGAACAUAUAAAGUACAUAUGCCAUACUUAAAGAGAAAUGAAUUGCACCGUGUCUGUUAUUACAUCUUUCCUGGUUAAAAACCAAAACGGGAAGGAGCGUUCAAGUGAAAGAUUUCUAAUUCACGUUUAUUAAAAGAGUUACGUGAGUUGCCCUUACGUCACAUCCGCCGUCUGAUAUUCCCGGAAGUAAACCAAAAUAAAACUGCUUCGAAGAUGCGUCGCCUCACCACAGAAGCUUCAGCUGUUUGUUAAAGCUGGAAAUAAACUCCUCGUGAGUGUUUUUUUCUCUCUCAGUGGGAUGUCGUUCCCUUCCUCUUUCGGUACGCAGGUCGCAGCCAUCAUGGACGUGUUGGCGAAGGCUGCAGUGGCCGAAAUAACGAAACUGGUGGAGGACGGGACUGUGGUCCUCCGCCUGGAGAUGUGCCAGAGGGACAGUGAGAUUCAGGAGCUCAAAAGAAGUUUGAAGCUGAUGGAGGUUGAACUCUACAAAGCUCGAGAAGCAGCUACCAGCCGAAAUACUGAGGACACCCUGCAGCAAACAGCAGCCGGAAAUCAGGUCCCCCAAAAAGACGAAAAAGAAGACCAGGAAACAUGUGUAGCGUAUCAGGAACCAAUUACUGCUGAUUCACUCCAUGAGCCUCGACGUGAAACAGGGGAGAGCUGCGACACGGGGCCUGUGGUGAAACACGAGUCGGUGUAUGAACUCACCGCCCAGGAAACGACAGACAACACUGCAACAGCAGACGUUUGCUUGGAGCCGAGUGAGCGAGAUGACCCCAUCUGGCCUCCUCCUGCUUGUAGCAUGUUUGAUAAAAGCCCUGUUGCAACACAGCAGCAUGUGCAGCUUUUCUCCGCUCACACAGAGCAAUAUGCCGCUCAUAGAAAUACAGAAAGUUCCUAUAACUCUAUAUCAAUGGGCGCAGUGGAAAGCGCAGAUGAUUCCUUAAGUGUGCCGAUAAAAGUAGAGGUGGAGAUUCGACCUGUGUGCAUGGGAAGUAACGCAUUAGAGCCUGUUCAGGUUGAACAGUUCAGACAUGCUUCACAUCCUGCAGUCACUCAGGACCAGGGCUUGCUUUCUGCUUCACGACAGGCUGGUCCAUCACUAGUCCUCCCUCAUGCUCAGAGGUCUACAGCAGAUACAGCCACACCAAACACAAGAGAUCACAUCCUCAGUAGAAACAACCUGAGAGCAAAGCGACUGAUGAGCAUAUGGAGAACAAAUCAGAAACUCUUCAUCUGCUCGGUUUGCAACAGGGGUUUCCCCCGCUUGUCUCAGCUGGAAGAGCACAAGACCACCCACCAAACCUUUAAGCCUUAUAGAUGCCUCGAGUGCGGCAAGUCGUUCACCCAGAAGACCCGGCUGAAGACGCACCAAAGCGUGCAUACUGGCGAGAGGCCCUUUAGCUGCAAAAUCUGCGGCAAGAGGUUUUCGAGGCAGGACAACUGUCAGAGACACGAGCGCUUCCACAGCGGGCUGAAGCCGUACAGCUGUGGACAGUGUGGUAAAAGCUUCACUGUGCAGGGGAACCUCAAAAUACAUCAAGAGAUUCACCUGCAGGGAAGAUAGCACUCACACACUGGGGCUGGGGGCAGGAAGUGGAGAUGCGUCGUCCAUCUUUGUAUACAGGCCAGGAUCGGGAUGUGUAUGGUGCUGCAUCAUAUUGACUGAUCAUUGUGUUUUCUUACUGUGCUAAAGUGUAAUGGAGUCAUUCCAGUGCUUCAUGUGCUAAUUUACCAUGAUGAGGCAGGUUUCAACAUUACAUAACAACGGCCUGCAGCAGAAACGUCAUUGGACACCUUACCAUUAUCAACUGGAUUACCAGGUGGCAACAAUGAUAAUGGAAAUUAGUGAAAAAAAAUCUUCCUUCACCAUCAUGCACUCCUAGUCUGAACAACACCGCAAAUAUUGUCACAUUUCUGGACAUGAGUUAUUCUCCACCGAGCUGCUGUGGUCCACAGUUGGUUCAUUCUCCCCCAUUACUCCCAGUUCUUGAAUCCUGCGGAGGAUCUCUGCGAGGCGUUUGAAGGUGUUUAAUCACCAGCACCAGCAGUGUUUUGCUGGUUUGGUUCAAAGGGUUUUGGUUAGUGUGUAGAGAUUUGCAAAGAUGACAGUGUUCAAAACAUGCAUGAAGAAAGGCUUCUUUUAACAGUGUGAUACAAAUAAAAUAGGGCUCCAGAUGACAGACUCACGGUAAAAUGUUUUGAAAAUGUGGUGGCAAAAAAGACGAAAGAAAAGAAAUGUGUGAUAUUUACCCACCAUACCAGUCACCAUACCAUUUAUUUUAAUCUGGGCUCAUAUUACAAUGAUUCCGGUUAGUUCUACACAGUUUCAGAAAAACAGUAUCAGCUCAGUAUGGACAGAUAUCCUCUCUUCAGAUAGGGUAUAGAAUCAGGAUUGGAAGAGGAAAAGUGAGAUCAACACAUCCCUAAUAUUUCCAUUUUUGUCAUAAUCUGUACUCAGUGCCUUAGAAAGUUUCUAGUAUCCACUUACCACACCUUGAGUACACACAAGUGAUGUUUAUUCAACUAAAGGGGUGCGUGAGUGUGUCUAUGCAACACUUUGUCUUUCAACAUAUACCUUAUCUUAAGAUUUUAGGUUCUCACUUUAAUUUCAUGUUUCAUAUUACCCCUGCUGGAUAUUUGUAUAUGUACUUAAAAAAUUGUCUAAUCUACUGUAUAACUGAAUAUAAGUGUAUAUUUAUGUUAGAUGUACACACGUUGUUUUUCAAAACUAACUAUUUAUGUACUUUAAACGUUUGUAUUUAUUAGUUGAAAUUACUGUUUCUCUAAUUUAUUUUCAUUUUUCUUUGCUUGUCUUUGUUUUGAUUAUGAGCUUUGUAAAUUCCGAGUUAUGAAUAUGGUUGUAUGUACUCAAUAAUUUUUUGUUGGAGUAAAAUGGAAGGAUUCAAAAUAAUGAAGCAAGUUAAUGGUUGUCUAGUAACAUCCAUUGUAUUUCUGUGUCAGGUGACUUUUCAUACAUGGUGUCUGUAAGUCACUUCAUCAUACUGUUGGUUAAAGGUGGCGUGAAAGUGAUGGUUUUGACAUGGUGCCAUAAUUGGCCUGUAGACCUAUCCAUAUUUUGAGCACUUUUAGGACGUCUUGUUCGAGUUGGCUUAAAAGUUCAACUUUUCAUUGUUGACCUUUGAAACAGCAGUUGACAAAACAAUCUUCUAUUGCUACACUUGAAUGUUAAAGCAAUAUUAUGUAACUUUUUCUGACAAAUAAUUACAGACCUUGGACUUUUAUUAACAACAGUGGUGUGGCACUCAGAAACUGUGGGGGUACCAAAUCA